UAACCUUAACAGACGGACGCAUACAGUACCUCUUGUAAAUGACUUACCCAUAUACAGCAGCUGCUGCUGUGGAGGUCCUUAGUAAGCUAUCGUCUGUUUCGUAACAUUUUUUAAUGAUUUUACAUACAUACAAAUAAAGCCAUAGUUCGGCAAUAGUUUAACCUACCCAUGGCGAGGUUAUUGAAGAUCUUCAAGGCCGUAAGGAACCAUUGGAAGAAAUCUGUAUUUGGGCUCUGUGUGGUUUCCUACGGAGGAUACUGGCUUUAUGGCAAACAAUGUGACAAUUUAUUACGGAGAGCUGCUUGCCAAGAAGCAAGGAACUUUGGUGCUCAGCUGAUCUCUUCUGGCAGUCAAGUAAAGAAAGCAACUGUCAUUCUAAACCCAGCAGCUUGCAAAGGGAAGGCAAAUAAUCUUUUUGAGAAGAACGUUGCUCCCAUCUUGAACCUGGCUGGCAUAGAUGUAAAAGUAAUUAAGACAGACUAUGAAGGGCAGGCAAAGAAGUUGUUAGAUCUGAUGGAGCCAGCAGACCUCAUCAUUAUAGCCGGGGGGAAUGGCACAUUGCAGGAGGUCAUAACAGGAUUGUUACGACGAGCAGAUGAGGAUGUGUUUAGUAAAAUUCCUAUUGGUUUCAUCCCACUUGGAACUACCAACACUCUGAGCCAUACACUGUUCCCUCCAUGUGAUAACAAAGUCAAACUAAUUUCUGACUCAACCCUUGACAUUUUGAGAGGAGAAACCAUAUCUUUGGAUGUUAUGCAAAUAAAGGGAAAGACAGAGCAGCCAGUGUUUUCAUUAACUGAUUUACGCUGGGGAUCAUAUAGAGAUACAGCCACAAAAAUCAGCAAAUACUGGUACCUUGGUCCCUUGAAAACAAAGGCAGCCCACCUUUUUAGUACUUUAAAGGAAUGGCCUCAGGUACACCAUGGUUCUCUAGCUUAUUUGGGUCCUACAUUAAGGCCUCGGGAUGAAACUAUUGAUAAACCACCUCGUCCACCUCUGCACACAAGAAUAUUACAGAGACUGUACCAAUACUGGGCACCUGUCAAAAAAGAAAUUGUGGAGGCUGAUGUGGAACCUUGGCAAGAGAUGACUUUUUCUGGGUUGGAAUUUUCAAUCACUACCAAGAAUUCACACCCGGAUUUAAUGCGCACAGAGGACUCACUGACAAUCUGCAUAGAGCCGAAUACCAUUUCCAAAUUGGAUUUCACAUCUUUGGGAAGUGCAAAAGUGAAAGAUCCAUCUGUAUUCCCACAGGAUGCUAUUUGCUUGCAGGCUAGUCAGUGCAGAUUUCAAGUUCCAGAGGAGAAUCCUGGCUGCUUUGGUAUAGACAGCGAAGAGUAUGAGGCAAUGCCUGUUGAUGUGUUGCUGUUACCAAGAAAACUCCACUUCUUCUGUAAUUCCACCAUAAAACAAGAACUGUUACAGGGAAGUUUGCAAGGUAAAGCUAACUCUGAGAAGAACAUUUUGUGAAGUGAUUCCAGAUUGCUUAAAUCUAAGCAAGACAUCACUUCAUACUUUAAAGGACCUCAGCAAAAUUUGUUGAUUUUCUUCCAGACUAUUGCAUAAAGGAUUUUAGUUUCAUAAUAACAUGGUGUAAACUGCUGAAUAAGCAAACUGAUUGCUUCCUGGCCUGCCUUUAUUUUUUAUUUUAAGUUUCUGCACAUUUUUUUGUAAACAUUAAUGUUACUUGUCCUCAUAAAAAUGAAAAAGUAAAUCUGAAUCAUCUGAUUAAAUUUACAUACAGAUACAAUUUAGAUGUCAAGUGCAGCUUACUCAUCAAGACACUAAAGUUUGCAGAAGAUCUACAGUUUGGAACCUCAUCUGUAAUAUAAUUUACAAGUAGUAACUGGUGACAUUUUUAGAAAAGGAAUUCUGGUGAGGCAACAUGGACCUGAGAGAAAGGCACACACACUGUCAGAAGGGGCAACACCACCUUGAGAAGCUGUGCUGGCAUAUGUUGAGUAUGUGUGUAUGAGUGAGACAUUGUGAAAUGAUCAAGUACUUAAAAGGAAGCACCUACGAGAUCCGCACCUCUUGUCUGGGUAUGAAGGAUUCUGGCUUGGAUUGUCUCAAGCUCACAGAGUUGAGGAAAGUAAGCAGAGAUGGUGUCGCUUCUGAUCCCAAGUAAUCAGUGUGAACAUGCAGGCAGGGGAAAGGGCAGAAAAUAGAUCAUUGGAGCCGAAUGGAAGGAUCCUGGAAGAUUGGAGCCACAUAUUUAUUGGAUGGCAUUUAGUAAAUGUUAAGUGGGGCAACUGAGAAACAGUGCAUGACAAGUAAUGAUAAUGACAGAGCAACACUGUGCAAUGGAGGGCACUUCUUUACACGAAGAGUUGUGGUCACAAACUACUGGGACAUGUAGCUAAAGUAGAAACUUUGACAACCUUUAAGAAGUACUUUAAUUGAGAUAUUGGGACAGUUUAGCUAUUAAUUAACCAAACAAGCUUGAUUAACUGAAUGGUCUCCUCUAAUUUGGUAAAUUUCUUAUGUUCUCAUGAUUGCAAAAUCAAGGUCAAGAUUAUUUGUCAUCAGCAACUGUGUACACGUACUGUACAUAAUGAGAUGAGACAAUGUAUCUCCAUGAGACAUAGUGUGAACAAACUACAAACCGUGACAGAAGCAAUAAAAUAAAUAAAUAGACAAUGCAACAA